AUUGCGACUAUUUAACACAAGAUAUAUAUUGCGGCUGAUCAGAGUGACUAAGAUUGGUAUUUCCUACUAAAGAUGGCGUCGAAUAAUAACGCAUUGUAAUUGGUCUCUAUUUGUUUGAGACUUUCUUUGGAAUAAAUAGUCUAACAGUUGUGAAAACGAUAUCUACAAUUGGAGGAUCAUUUAAUCAGCCCACUUGUUACUAGGAUCUUUGACUAGGAAGUCUUAAACAUUCCACCAAUCCCAACCGUCAAAGUGGUGUACGUGCGAAUGGAAACGUUCGACAAGUUUAGCCAUCUUGCAGUAGGUUAAGUGCAGAGGAGUGAAAUUGGUUGGCGAACGGUGACAAGCUUCUAUCAUCGACGAGAAAAAAGCUGACUCCGGACUUUUAUAUCAUUGAUAUGGGAAGAUGAUUGGAACGCCCGUCAUGGAAAAUAUGGAUUUCAAUGUAACAGUGGCGUGCCAUGUUAUGGAUACUUAUGUUACAAACUUAUUUAUUUCGUUGUGUUUGUGCUCGUUAAUAGGGAUUGUUACAUAUCUGGCUCACAGAUAUUUCCAGAAACGUUUCAGAAUACAUCAUAUAGAAGCAAUAAACACAGUUCACGACAUGUCUACGCACAUUGAGAAAUCCGCAAUAGAUACACGACGUUCAAUUGAGGACACAGAAAUGGCAUUAAAAGAAAUUCAACAAGAUUGUGCUAAGGAAAUUGUAUCCCAAAUUAGGCAACAUACAUCAUAUCUGAGUAGCGAAAUGAAAUCGUCGAUUGAGAAACUCGUGAAAAAAGACAUCGAGAAUAUAACAUCGCCGGGCCAAGACGUGUACCUAGCAAAAUGCCAGGAAGUUCGUGAAAGGUUAAUAGAGUUCUAUACGACGACAAAGAAAACUGUAUCUGUUUCACCACUAAGGGAGGGUUUUGACAAACCUAUAUGGGAUGUUUUUGUGCAACCGAAAUUGAGCAACGUGAUAAUUGAGAAAGAUGGAUCUCGAAAUAAAACGAGAAACCCGGUUAACCAAUAUAAAGCCUUAUUUUAUAAAGAUGAAAAGCUCAGUAGUCGUGUAUUUGUUCAAGGAGAACCGGGGAUGGGGAAAACUACAUUCCUCACUAAACUUGCUCUUGACUGGUGUGAUGCAGUGUCUGAGCACAAUCCUGAUUAUAGUGCUACAUUUAGUGAUGUCGAUACAUUAAAGGAGUUCCGCUUUCUCUUUCAAAUAUCACUAAGAGAUGCAAAGGGCGAUCGGGAGGUUAUAGAGAUGAUCAAAACACAAAUAAUCGACAUGAUUUACACUGGAAAUAAACGUGAAGAGACCGUUAAGCUUUUACCAUAUAUCCUUGAACGAGAGAAAUACAUCGUAACAAUGGAUGGGCUUAAUGAAUGGGUUGAUCGUUUAAGUAAAUGCGUUUUACCUUUACAUCCACAAUUUCACACAGAGUGCGUAUCUGUUAUUACAUCACGGCCAUGGAAAAUGGCGGAUGAACGAAUUAAAGAUUCCGAAAUUGAUAGUUUAAUAGAAAUUGAAGGAAUAAUUGAUUCAGAAGACCUAGCAAACAAACUGAUAAAUAGUCUUCAAACGGGUGAUGUAAAGAUACACGCUGAAUUCAUUAAGCACGUAAACGAACGUCAAUUGAUGAAUUUGUUAACGUCACCAUGGCUGCAAACUCUGUUAGUCAAUUUAUGGAUGAAUAAGAUAAAAUUUUGUGGUUCGUUGUGUGAAAUAAAUUGUAUUUUACUAGACAUACUUUUCAAUUAUGCACAUGGGAAAAAGGGAUAUUUUGAAAAAGGAAAUUCUUUUCGGUGUUUAUCAAAUACACGUUAUAUUCAGCCGCAGAUCGAUAUUUUUGAUGCGCUUGCGAAUGCUGCGUUCUACUUUACGUUUUCAUCGAGCAAAUCCCUGGUCUUCACCGAACGGGAAUUAUUUAAUUUCCUGUCAGAAGAUCAGUUGGAAUUUUGCCUCCAUGCUGGUGUUUUAACGAAAAGGUUGAUCUUCAAGGUAGCAGAUCAGGAUGCACAGUUUUCAUUCAUACACGAGACAGUACAGGAAUGUAUGGCUGCCUUUCAUAUCGCAAAUUCCAAGCAAGAUUUAAUACAACAGUUCCGAACCGGAUGUAAACAUAAUGUAUUAGAAAUGAGCCAGACAAUAAUUUAUCUAUGUGGACUUGACUGUCAAAGAGCUAACAAGCUGAUUAAUUGUCUGGUUGACGACGAGUUCCUCAAAGACAUAAGCCACGGACUGAGCAUGUACAUUCAGACAUAUCAUACUGAUUUCCACAACUUUACAUUUCAGGACGACAUUCGUACGUAUAAAAACGUUUUAAAAUCAAAACAUGAUGAAAUAAAGGACACCAAACGUUGCUUCGCACUAUCAGUCUUAUUCCAGCGCAUGAUCAUUGCAGGAUGCAUAGAAGCAAAGGCCAGCGGUGAAAAGGAAAUUUGUCUGAAUUGUAGGGACUUCACAUUUAAUCAGAAUCUUAUUGAGUCCGAUUCAAAUGCAUUAAAACUGCUUUUAUCGUACAACAGUUCAAAUGUACGGUCACUUAUAUUAGAAAGUAAAUUUCUACCAAUAAGCGAAAUAUUGACAGUCCUACACCAAUCCAAACAUUGUCUUACACGUGUAAAGGUGACAAUGACUGCGGAAAUAAUUAAAGCAAUACAUCAUACGAGCAUACAGGAGCUGAACUGUAUCGGAAAUUUUGACGUAUCAUCAUGUUCCUGUGUUCUUUCGUCCCUGUCUCAAUUAACGUAUUUAAGAAUAGAGAACACAAGAUUUGUGCACGACAUAGUUCUUCCUGAAACAAUACAACUCAUUGACUUUUCGAAAUGCGAAUGUUCAUCUGCGUGGCUGUGCAGCUUUUUGAUCACGCUGUCGUCAUUAGAUCAUCCUGUCAGGUAUAGGCUUGGUGGUGUUGUAUUUAAGUCAAGUGAAGGAACCCCUGGAGACGAAUCGCAAAAACUUAUAUCGGACAUGCGAUCUCAAAUUCUGUCAAAUGAACUGUCCAAUAUUGAGCUAUUAGUGGAAAAUGGCAGUAAGGAACUUUUUGAAUUAUUACGUGAUACAAGUAUCGGGAUCCUAAAACUUAUAACGGCUGAUUGUGCCUCAUUAGCAUCCGAGAUUCUUCACACGCUUAACAGGCUAACUGAGCUUUAUUUGUGGGGGACCUAUUCUGGUCGGUGUGAUCUCAAGCUGCCUGCGUCAUUGCAGUGUAUAAGUCUCAUGGAAGGCGGAUGUUCAUCUGAGUGGCUGUGCAGCUUUUUGAUCACGCUCUCUUCAUUAGAUCAUCCUGUCGAGUGUAAGCUGUGGGAUGUUGUAUUGCAGUCAAGUGACGAAUCGCAUACACAUAUAUCGGACUUGCGAUCUGAAAUAUUGUCACAUAACAUGUCUAACAUUGAGCUAUUAGUGGAAAAUGGCAGUCAGGAACUGUUUGAACUAUUACGUGAUACAAGUAUUGGGAUCCUAAAUCUUAUAACGGCUGAUUGUGCCUCAUUAGCAUCCGAGAUUCUUCACACGCUUAACAGGCUAACUAAGCUUUAUUUGUUGGGGACCUAUUCUGGUCGGUGUGAUCUGAGACUGCCUGCGUCAUUGCAGUGUAUAAGUCUCAUUGAAGGCGGAUGUUCAUCUGAGUGGCUGUGCAGCUUGUUGAUCACGCUCUCUUCAUUAGAUCAUCCUGUCGAGUGUGAGCUGUGGGAUGUUGUAUUGCAGUCAAGUGACGAAUCGCAUACACAUAUAUCGGACUUGCGAUCUGAAAUACUGUCACAUAACAUGUCUAACACUGAUCUAUUAGUGGAAAAUGGCAGUAAGGAACUGUUUGAACUAUUACGUGAUACAAGUAUUGGGAUCCUAAAUCUUAUAACGGCUGAUUGUGCCUCAUUAGCAUCCGAGAUUCUUCACACGCUUAACAGGCUAACUGAGCUUUAUUUGUGGGGGACCUAUUCUGGUCGGUGUGAUCUCAAGCUGCCUGCGUCAUUGCAGUGUAUAAGUCUCAUUGAAGGCGGAUGUUCAUCUGAGUGGCUGUGCAGCUUGUUGAUCACGCUCUCUUCAUUAGAUCAUCCUGUCGAGUGUAAGCUGUGGGAUGUUGUAUUGCAGUCAAGUGACGAAUCGCAUACACAUAUAUCGGACUUGCGAUCUGAAAUAUUGUCACAUAACAUGUCUAACAUUGAGCUAUUAGUGGAAAAUGGCAGUCAGGAACUGUUUGAACUAUUACGUGAUACAAGUAUUGGGAUCCUAAAACUCUGGACGGCUGAUUGUGCCUCAUUAGCAUCCGAGAUUCUUCACACGCUUAACAGGCUAACUGAGCUUUAUUUGUGGGGAACCUAUACGGGCCGUUGUGAUCUGAGACUGCCUGCGUCAUUGCAGUGUUUAAGUGUCACGGAUGGCGGAUGUUCAUCUGAGUGGCUGUGCAGCUUGUUGAUCACGCUCUCUUCAUUAGAUCAUCCUGUCGAGUGUAGGCUGUGGGAUGUUGUAUUGCAGUCAAGUGACGAAUCGCAUACACAUAUAUCGGACUUGCGAUCUCAAAUUCUGUCAAAAGAACUGUCCAAUAUUGAGCUAUUAGUGAAAAAUGGCAGUCAGGAACUGUUUGAACUAUUACGUGAUACAAGUAUUGGGAUCCUAAAACUCUGGACGGCUGAUUGUGCCUCAUUAGCAUCCGAGAUUCUUCACACGCUUAACAGGCUAACUAAGCUUUAUUUGUGGGGCACCUAUACGGGCCGUUGUGAUCUGAGACUGCCUGCGUCAUUGCAGUGUUUAAGUGUCACGGAUGGCGGAUGUUCAUCUGAGUGGCUGUGCAGCUUGUUGAUCACGCUCUCUUCAUUAGAUCAUCCUGUCGAGUGUAAGCUGUGGGAUGUUGUAUUGCAGUCAAGUGACGAAUCGCAUACACAUAUAUCGGACUUGCGAUCUGAAAUAUUGUCACAUAACAUGUCUAACAUUGAGCUAUUAGUGGAAAAUGGCAGUCAGGAACUGUUUGAACUAUUACGUGAUACAAGUAUUGGGAUCCUAAAACUCUGGACGGCUGAUUGUGCCUCAUUAGCAUCCGAGAUUCUUCACACGCUUAACAGGCUAACUGAGCUUUAUUUGUGGGGAACCUAUACGGGCCGUUGUGAUCUGAGACUGCCUGCGUCAUUGCAGUGUUUAAGUGUCACGGAUGGCGGAUGUUCAUCUGAGUGGCUGUGCAGCUUGUUGAUCACGCUCUCUUCAUUAGAUCAUCCUGUCGAGUGUAGGCUGUGGGAUGUUGUAUUGCAGUCAAGUGACGAAUCGCAUACACAUAUAUCGGACUUGCGAUCUCAAAUUCUGUCAAAAGAACUGUCCAAUAUUGAGCUAUUAGUGAAAAAUGGCAGUCAGGAACUGUUUGAACUAUUACGUGAUACAAGUAUUGGGAUCCUAAAACUCUGGACGGCUGAUUGUGCCUCAUUAGCAUCCGAGAUUCUUCACACGCUUAACAGGCUAACUAAGCUUUAUUUGUGGGGCACCUAUACGGGCCGUUGUGAUCUGAGACUGCCUGCGUCAUUGCAGUGUUUAAGUGUCACGGAUGGCGGAUGUUCAUCUGAGUGGCUGUGCAGCUUGUUGAUCACGCUCUCUUCAUUAGAUCAUCCUGUCGAGUGUGAGCUGUGGGAUGUUGUAUUGCAGUCAAGUGACGAAUCGCAUACACAUAUAUCGGACUUGCGAUCUCAAAUACUGUCACAUGACCUGUCCAACAUUGAGCUAUUAGUGGAAAAUGGCAGUCAGGAACUGUUUGAACUAUUACGUGAUACAAGUAUUGGGAUCCUAAAACUGCGGACGGCUGAUUGUGCCUCAUAAGCAUCCGAGAUUCUUCACAAGCUUAACAGGCUAACUGAGCUUUAUUUGUGGGGGACCUAUUCUGGUCGGUGUGAUCUCAAGCUGCCUGCGUCAUUGCAGUGUAUAUGUCUCAUUGAAGGCGGAUGUUCAUCUGAGUGGCUGUGCAGCUUGUUGAUCACGCUCUCUUCAUUAGAUCAUCCUGUCGAGUGUAAUCUGUGGGAUGUUGUAUUGCAGUCAAGUGACGAAUCGCAUACACAUAUAUCGGACUUGCGAUCUGAAAUAUUGUCACAUAACAUGUCUAACAUUGAGCUAUUAGUGGAAAAUGGCAGUAAGGAACUGUUUGAACUAUUACGUGAUACAAGUAUUGGGAUCCUAAAACUGCGGACGGCUGAUUGUGCCUCAUUAGCAUCCGAGAUUCUUCACACGCUUAACAGGCUAACUAAGCUUUAUUUGUGGGGGACCUAUUCUGGUCGGUGUGAUCUCAAGCUGCCUGCGUCAUUGCAGUGUAUAAGUCUCAUGGAAGGCGGAUGUUCAUCUGAGUGGCUGUGCAGCUUGUUAAUCACGCUCUCUUCAUUAGAUCAUCCUGUUAAGUGUUGGCUGUUGAAGUUUGUAUUGCAGUCAAGUGAAGAAAACCGUGGAGACGUAUCUCAUACACAUAUAUCGGACUUGCGAUCUCAAAUAUUGUCACAUAACAUGUCUAACAUUGAGCUAUUAGUGGAAAAUGGCAGUCAGGAACUGUUUGAACUAUUACGUGAUACAAGUAUUGGGAUCCUAAACCUGAAAACGGCUUUUUGUGCCUCAUUAGCAUCCGAGAUACUAUGAAAAACUAUGAUAUGGAGAUGAAACUGCCAGAAUGUAUCAAGUAUGUGUUUAUGAUUUAUUCAAGAUUGUCCCCAUCAUCACUGCAACAUUUCGUACAAAAUAUGUUUACUACCAAACAUAGUGUACAGUGUAAACUGUUGUUCCGUGUGGAGGAGAAUAAAGAUGAAUAUACGAGACUCAAGCAAAUCUGUUGUGAAUUAAAAUAAGUUGAUGUUCAACAGUUUGAAGUUGUAAACAAACAGGGUAUUGUUCGUAGUGCUGCUGCUCUUACACUUUCUGCUACUGCUGGUGAUGGUGAUGACGACGAUGAUAAACGAUUACUCCGACUGGAGAGUUACGUUGAUUUGAUACCGUGGAUUCACUAUUCAUCUAGGCAGUUCGUGCACAGAUGACUUCGAAAUCAUUUAGUCGCUAUUUCAAAAUAGGUCUCAACAUUUUGUACACAGAUAUUUGUGCGAUUUCAAAUUAAUUUGUUAUUUUAUCGCAUUUUGUAGCAAUUUAAAAAUGGUCUCAAAGAUUUGUAACAUAUUGUGUCAAAUAUUAUUUUCUAGUUAUAAAGUCUGUAUUUUAAGAACUACACAAAAAUUGUAAAUGUUCUUGUUUUUGCUAUUGGUAGGAGUUUUUAAUCAAACUGUUACUCAUGGAUGAAGUUUUUGUUUGCUUUAAAGCAAUAAUUUUGUUUAUCGUACAUUGAUCUAAAUAUCAUUGUGCACAUGUUUUAUUUUCGAAAACUAAUUCGUUUGAGCGAAGUCACAUUUAAUCAUGAGUUAUUCGAAAAUAUACUUACCCGUACUAUAAUACAAAUAAUAUAAUAGCCUGACAUAUGCAAAUUUAACAAAAUUGUCAAACUUCAACAUGACACAAACCAAAUUCAGUUACCAACAGUAAAAAAUCCUUGAUAAAAAAUUGCAUCGUGCUUCAAACCAUAGGCAUAAUCCCGGGUGACAAACGAAGGAGCAAAGGAUUCAAACCAUGCUUGUCAUCGGUUAUAAAUUCAUCCGCCCAAAGAAUGGUCGUCAACGUUGGUCACUUUGGAAUGGUCAUCUCGUGGGUUACGAUUAUUGUCGAGUUACCAAGGCAGCAGCGCAAACCCUGGUUAUGUUCGCGAGAUAAUAAAUAAGCAACGCAACAAUGUUAAUCAUCGCGGGUUAUCAUGCCAGCGGCGUAUACAAUGGUCAUCAUCGCGGGUUAUCAAAUCAGUAGCGCAAACAAUGGUCUGCAUCGGGUGUUAUCAAGUCAGCAGCGCACACCAUGGGCAUACUCGCGGGCAGCCAAAUUAGCAGAGCAACCAAAGAUCGUCAGUUAUACCGUCAGGCGUCAGCAGCAAAAAACAAUUAUCAUCGCGGGUUGUGCCGUCAGCCGCGCAAACAUUGGUCAUCAUCGCGGGUUAUACCGUAAGCAUCGCACACCACGGUCAUCAUCAUGGGUUAUACCGUCAGCAACGCAAACAAUGGUCAUCAUCGCAGUUUAAACUAUCCGCAGCGAAAACAAUGGUCACCAUUGCGGGUUAUACCGUAAGCAUCGCACACAAUGGUCAUCAUCGCGGGUUAUACCGUCAGCAGCGACAGAAUGGUCAUCAUCGCGGGUUAUACCGUCAACAGCUCAAACAAUGGUCAUCAAUGCGGGUAUACCGUCAGCAGCUCAGACAAUGGUCAUCAUCGCGGGUUAAACUAUCAGCAGCGCAAACAAUGGCCAUCAUUGCGGGUUAAACCGUGAGCAUCGCACGCAAUGGUCAUCAUCGCGGAUUAUACCGUCAGCAACGCAAACAAUGGUCAUCAUCGCGGUUUAAACUAUCCGCAGCGAAAACAAUCGUCACCAUUGCGGGAUAUACCGUAAGCAUCGCACUCAAUGGUCAUCAUCGCGGGUUAUACCGUCAGCAGCGACAGAAUGGUCAUCAUCGCGGGUUAUGCCGUCAGCAGCGCAAAAAAUGGUCAUCAAUGCGGGUAUACUGUCAGCAGCGCAAACAAUGGUCAUCAUUACGGGAAUACCGUCAGCAGCGCAAUCAAUGGUCGUCAUUGCGGGUAUACCGUCAGCAUCGCACACCAUCAUGGGUUAUGCCGUCAGCGGCGCAAACCAUGGUCAUCAUCACGGGUUAUACUGUCAGUAGCGCAGAAAUUGGUCGAUAUCGCGGGUUAUACCGUCAGCACCGCAUACCAAUGUCGUCAUCGCGGGUUAUACCGUAAACAUCGCACAACUUGUUCGUCAUCGCUUGUUAUACCGUCAGCACCGCACACCAUGGUCGUCAUGGAGGGUUUCACCGUCAGCAGCGCACACCUUGGUCGUCAUCAUUAGUUAUACCGUCAGAAGCGCGCACUAUGGUUGUCUUCGCGGGUUAUGCCGUCAGCAGCGCACAACAUGGUCGUCAUCAUGGUUCAUCAUGGUUUAUGCCGUCAGGAGCUCAAACAAUGGUCAGAAUCGCGGGUUAUACCGUCAGCAGCGCAAAACGUGGUCGUCAUCAUGAUUUAUACCGUCAGGAGCUUAAACAAUGGUCAUCAUCGCGGGUUAUACCGUCAUCAUCGCAAACAAUGGUCAUCAUCAUGGGUUAUACCGUCUGCAGCGCAAACAAUAUUCGUCAUCGCGGGUUAUAUCGUCACGGCGUACAUAUUGGUCAUCAUCGCGGUUUCAACCGUCAUCAUCGCAAACAAUGGUCAUCAUCAUGGGUUAAACCGUCUGCAGCGCAAACAAUAUUCGUCAUCGCGGGUUAUAUCGUCAGCAGCGUACAUAUUGGUCGUCAUCGCGGGUUAUACCGUCAGCAGCGCAUAACAUGGUCGUCAUCAUUGUUUAUACAGUCAGCAUCUCAAACCAUGGUCGUCAUUGUGGAUUAUACCGUCAGCAUCGCACACCAUGGUCAUCAUCGCAGGUUAUACCAUCAUCACCGAAAACAAUGGUCUUCAUCACGGGUUUUACCGUCAGCAGCGCAAACAAUUGUUAUCAUCGCGGAUUAUACCGUAAGCAUCGCAAACAAUGUUCAGUCAUCGCGGGUUAUACCGUACGCACCGAAAACAAUGGCCGUCAUCGCGGUUUAUACCGUCAGCAGCGCAAACAAUUGUCAUCAUCGCAGGUUAUACCGUUAGCAUCGCAGACAAUGGUCAUCAUCGCGGGUUAUACCAUAAGCACCGAAAACAAUGGUCGUAAUCGCCGGCGCAGUUAUGGUCCACGUUCCGGGUUGCGGAGUCAGUAGCACAAACUUGGUCAUAAUAGCGAGGUUACCAAGUCAGCGCCGCUUGAUUGCUCAAUGUAUUUUGGACAUAAACAUUUUCGAAAACAAAGGUCGUCGUUGCGAGUUAUACGUUCAGCAUCUCAAACCAUGAUCGUCAGCGCGGGGAAUACCGUCAGCAGCGCACACCUUGGUCGUCAUCGCAGUUUAUACCGUCAGCACCGCACACCUUGGUCGUCAUCGCAGUUUAUACCGUCAGCACCGCACACCUUGGUCGUCAUCGCAGUUUAUACCGUCAGCACCGCUAACCAUAGUCUGUAUGGUAACGAGGUAUUCUCGCAAAGAUGAAAACCAGCAUUGCUUUACAUGCUAGUGUACGUUUAAGCAACAAAUAUUCCAUGUUUAGAUGGCUAAACACUGUCGUCGAUGACUCGAUUCAGUGACAAUACAUUCUCUUGAUGUAGCGUUCAGUGAACUUGGUGAUUGUUCUUUUAGUUUUCCUGGAACUUAUUGACGCUUGGUUUUGUGCCGUCAUUUUUUAUGUACAGUACGAUAUUUUACACUGUUCUUCUAUAUGUUGAUAGGCACGUACAUCACCCAAUAGCAUUCGACAAACAUGUGUUUAUUUAACGCUAUAUAUUUAAACAAAUGUAAAUAACAGCUUUUAUUUUUACUUCACUAUUGAAUCGUUGUUUUACAUGGACUAUGUAGACUUCACCUCUAUUGAAUCGUUGUUUUACAUAUACUACGCAGACUUCACCACUAUUGAAUCGUUGUUUGACAUGGACUUUGUAGACUUCGCCACUAUUGGAUCGUUGUUUAACAUGGACUAUGUAGACUUCACCUCUAUUAAAUCGUUGUUUUACAUGGACUUCGUAGACUUCACUACUAUUGAAUCGUUGUUUUAUAUGGACUAUGUAGCCUUCACCACUAUUGAAUCGCUGUUUUACAUGCACUAUGUAGGCUUCACCACUAUUGAAUCGUUGUUUAUUUUGGACUAUGUAGCAUCGUUUUGCGAUUUUAAAAGUUUUUAGACCAUGCCUGUUUUUUCCCAAAAAUAAUUGCUGUAAAAUAAUAAUCUGUGAAUAUAAAGGUGUAAAUAGCACUAGUCAUUACGGAUAACCAGAGGGUCAAUACCUUAUUAAAAUGACUUUUUCACGUUUAUUUAAGUGGUAUUAUCUUUAUGCAACUUAAUGAAAAGAUUAAUGUAUUGAUGUUGUAUAGUUCAAAUGCCACCAUGUACUUCAUGCAUUGAUGGAAAUUACACGACAGUCGUUAUUUUAAAUGAUCGUGUAAAUACAUUGUACAAAUAAUGAAUAGUUUGCUCAUAUAAUGUAAAUCCCUUCAUUUAUUUAUAGUGUUGUACAUGUAUAUAUUAGUUUACCUGUAUGCAAUUGCAUUCAUUUGACAUGUAAUGACAACAUUGCUCUUGUAAGUCGAUUAAUCCAAACAUAAGGAUCAAUUUAAGCGCGUAGAAACGGUUCUGAAUACUGUAAAGUACCUUUAGCUCAGAUUAAUGCUGUUAUAAGAAUCAAUUCAAUUAUACAGAAAUGGUUCUUAUUAUAUUAUUUAUACGCAAAACAUGAUAAUACUUGAAAUGCCUUAACCAACAUAUAACUGUGACCAAAAUGUACGUUUUGUAUAUGUAUUGGUAACGCAUUACAAUGAAAAUCAUGCAUUGUGUUAAAUACAUUAAGUUUAAGGUCAAUGUACAGUUUAAGCAAAAUUUGUAUUGGUCAUCCAUUUUAGAUUUGUUUAAUAUUUUGUGAAAGCUAUAUUUUUGAAUGUUAAUGUAUUUUGUUGUUCAAUUUGUUGAUUUUACAUCGAUGAAGACUGAAAGCUUCUUUAAAAAUAUUUAUUGUCUCCAAAUACAACAUACGUAGAUGAAUUAGUUUACGAUCUUUUUAAUGUGUUUUGUUUGUGUAAAUAGUAUUGUUGUGCUGCUUGAAUGUAUAUUAUUUGAUUGUGAGAGUUGAUCAGUUACAAUAUGAUGUUUGAAUGAUGGCACAUGCUCAGCUUCUAUUGACCGAAAAUAUAAAAUAGUGCUAUAGCUUUAUUGUAAGUUAGUCAAAGAAGCUCUGUAAGGAAUUAUGCUGUUCGCGUUUUAUUUUUAUCAUAUAUUUGUCGUUUCGUUUUAGAUUUGAUUUUUUAUUUUAUUUCUACAACCCUAAAGCAUGUCAAAUAUUGUUUCGGCGCAUGUUGUUAGACAUUGCCCAGUGCGCCAUUUGACGUAUUUACCGAAAGUUUAACUGACGUUAUAAUUGCAUGUGCAUGUAUGUUAAACUUUAUUGUUUUUUUUUAUAUUCAGAAAUUUCGUUAGUUUUAAACUAGGAUGUAUCAAUAUGAUUUUAAUGUCCACGAAAACUGAUUGUUCAAUUUAUUUAUUGUCGAAAACAUACUAUCAAUGUAUUUCAUGUGGAAUUGUUAAUUGAAAAUACGGCGAUUAAAUCGGGCGAGUUGUUUAUAUUUCAAAUUGUCAUAUGCUGCAACGAUAAAUAGCAAACAAGUAAAUCGUUAGGUAUAUAAGACAAAUACGCAUCUAUGUUUUGGGUAAUAAUAUCUAAUUAGUGUACAAAUACCUUGAAAAAUUUUUUGUUAAGUGUGCUUGUUUUCAUGUUGCAUUAUCUAUAGUCACGAUAUGAGGUUGCCAUGACGUAGAAGGGGAUGGUGUCCGCCUAGCGGGCGGGAGGUCACGGGUUAGAUCCCAACUUUGGACCCGUUCUUUAGAUCUCCCCCAAAGAUACCAAGUACUGGUUCGACACAGGAAAAUGGCUCGAGAGCGUUUUAAUCAGUCUUAAGCUUUCGGUGCGAUCGAGCUUAAUAACGAUAUGUUUAAACGUAAUAUAGUAUCAAUUUAUAUUUAUAGGUUAUUAGACGUUUCACUGUACAAUACGGAGAUAUAUUUGGACGAGCACACAGUUUGACGUCAUAUUGGACGAGCCGUUAGGCGAGUCCAAUAUGACUUCAAACUGUGUGCGAGUCCAAAUAUAUCACGUAUUGUACAGUUUAAACGUCUAAUAAGCUUUUUAUUCUAUAUCCCUUUCUUCAGCUCUUUGUUUCAUUUUAAUUUUGAUUUUAAAUGCUUUAAUUGCAUCUAUGCUAUUUUCAAGACAAGCGCCCGAGUCGAUUAUAGUACAUUCGGAUACUUUUUCUCGGUAACGGCUUUUAUCGUUAUAAAACAAUUGCUUAGUGCACUUGUACUUAAUUGUCCAAUAUGGAAAAAAUACAGACUUUUUGGAUCCAAUACCGGAAUAUAUUGGACGGUCACGUGGUACAUAUGAAGAAUGCCGAUUGGAUGAAUUUAUUGGAUAUAGAAUAAUAUGAUGUAAAAAUUAUAUUGACGUCAUAGUGUUUUAUAAUGCUAAGAUGACGUAAUUGAUAAGCGCGGUGAUUGAGAAUCGUAGAAAGAUGGAGUAUAGAAAAGUUUUAGUUACCAUGCAUUAGCUUAUAGAUGUAACCUAUUUAUUUCAGCUCGAUUUCAUCGAAAGGCUUAUGUUCAGUGAAACUCUCGCGAGUCUGUUUCCUGGGUAGAACCAGUACUUGGUGUCUUUUGGGAGAACUCUCCCACAGUGGGGAUGGAACCUGUGAUCUCCCGGUCGCUGGGCGGACACAACAUCUAGUACGUCACGGCGACCUCUAUGCUUCUAAGCAUCUUAGCUUAUGAGCUUUUCAAUACAGACUAAAUGUCUCAUAACCCACGGUCAUUAGUAUAGAUGCGUGUUAUCAAAUGUUCCGUUCUUCGCACAAGUGAUUUAAUACCUGCAUAAUCAUGAAUUCGGCUUAUUCGUAAACAAACAAUGAUGCAAAAAUAUCAUGAUUCGUUUAUCUGAAAUAUAUGUCUAUGUAAUUAAACAUGUACAUGCAUGUGAUCAUUCUUAAAUAUUUAAAUCAUACGAUAUAAUUGCACGUAAUGUUGAGCAGAUGAAAGUGUGAUAUAUUGCCGGUAUUAAAUUCACCAACUGCCAUUUGCUGAAAUUAUUUCACUUAUUGAUACUAUGUUUUUAUAACAAGAUAAUUUAAUUGUUUUAAACCAAAUACAUGUCACAGGGUGAGAAAAUUGUGCGGCAAGUCCGAGACUUGAACCCGGGACACCUCGCUUAAAGGGCGAGUGCUCUCCCGACUAACCGGGCCGCCAUACAACACCUCCCCUAACGUGACCAAGUUCAGACCGUGACAUAUAGGCUUUUAUUAUAUACCUGUUUAAUGCUUUUAACAAAAUACAGGUUGAAUCAAUCGUUGAAAUAAAUCCCGUCUUAUGCUACUCGCUGUUUUCUGAUUCCGUGUUACCAUACUAGCCGGACUACUUUCUUCGACCCAUUUAAUAACGUCACAUUACGCGCACCGAAAAUAGGAAACCCCUAUUUUAUAUUACGGAAUAUAUUGGGUAGUACAUAGUUUGACGUAAUUUCUGUGACGAAACACAAUAGUUUAAUUUAAACUCUCUGGAAUUUAAGGACAUGUCGGACGUGGUGUUUUUUAUAAGUAAACUAUUUGUUUAAAACAUCGAACGAAUGCAAAACGUAUUUCGGAGUGUGUGUUUAUCACGCAUUCAUGUAAAUUUCGAUAGAAAUACAAUAAAAUAGUGUGGUUUAAACUAAGUUUCGAUAAAGACAUGGACGAAUAAAAGUUAAAGUGCAUAUCGUUUCAACGUUUUUAUUAUAAACAUUGGAUUAAAGUUGUUAACUUAAUUGUUAUAAACAUUGGAUUAACGAUAUCAUUGAGGUUAUGCGUGUCGGAAACGUGUGUUUUCCCGGUUCAAAUGUUUACAAGUUAAUUUACAUAAACUGUAUCCAUACGCGUCUUAAGUAAACUAUUGCGUACCGUUUAAGUCAUUGCUUUGUCAGUUUUGUUAAAGAAAAAACAAACAAUUGUUAAAUGUUAUCGUUAGUUGUUGUAUAUAAUAAAAGGAAUAUUACGCAAGUCAAUUGUUCCAAGAGUUUGUAUCAGUCUCGUGGCUUGUGCUAUUUCGCAUCACACUCGAGGUUCCGCCUCUCGUGUGAUACGUCAUCACACAAGCCAUUCGACUGAUACAAACUCUUGGAACAAUUGACUAGCGUAAUAUUCCGAAUAUAUUGUUUGAAUGUGAGUGCGUUGCUAACAGCUUCUUAUUAAUAUUGUUUACUUGGACAAGAAGCUCAAGAAAAUUGUUGUUCUACAAAGUGAGCAUGCAUUUAACAGUUCAUUAUUUAUCCGUCUUAGAUACGUUCAUUUGGAUAUAUAUUGUGUUAAUACGAUUAAUGAACUCAAAAGAUUUACACAUCUUUUAGAUGUACACAUCUUUUGUCCAGUAUACAGACUUUUAUGUUGAUAUGUUUUUUUAACCCCUUAUUGAAGUUUAUAUUGAGCCCUCGUACAUUUCAACCAUACGUUCUCAGGGCUUUUCAGAAUUUUGGGAAAUUCGUGACUCAAAUUUUCACAAUUUCAAGAAGUGUGCGACUCAAAUUUUCACAAUUUUAGAAAGUUUGCGACUCAUUUUUACACAAUUACAAACAGUUCGCGACUCAUUUUUUCACAAAAUGGGGGACCAAGGCCGCUUCACAAAAAACAGGAAAAACCCUGAACUUCGUUGUACACGAUAUGUUUGGAAUAACGUUAUGAUAUUAUAUUGUAGAUAUCUAAAUUAAUUUUGAUUGUUGUAUUUUUGCUAUGUUUAUAUUUUUUAUUUUGCUUUAUAAACUUUGCAUCGGUAGACUUCAUUAAACUCACCACAAUUUCCGUUAACAUAAAUUAAAUAGUCCAUUUGUACAUGUCUAUGACUAUGGAAUACUUGUUCAUAAAUACAAUAAUUAUAUAAAGGGAGUAUCAAUGCGUUAUUUGUCAGCGGUCCCUUUUUUGUCAUUUUACUAUCAGACCAUGACUUCCAUGAAGCAAAAUAUUCGCAAAAUUCCACAAAUCUAAAAUAAAUUAUGCUUCUUGACUUCAGAGCCGAACGACAUGUCCGCAUAACUUCCCGACCUUUUUACCAGAGAAGAAAAGAUUAGUCAAUUUUUAACCAGAACUUAUAUAUUUAUUGUUAAAACAGAAACACUGUUUCACCCCUGUGUGCAUUCGUGUAAUUAUAAAGUGGAAACUUCGUA